AUGAAGCCUCCAGUUCUAGUAGCCCCUGUACCUGGAAAACCAUUGAUACUGUACAUUUCAGCACAAGAAAAGUCGGUUGGAGAGUUGUUGGCCCAAGAGAAUAGCGAAGGGAAAGAAAAUUCUCUUUACUACUUGAGCAGAAUGAUGACACGUAAUGAGCUGAACUACACGCCAAUUGAAAAGUUGUGCUUGGCACUAGUCUUCUCGAUUCAAAAGCUGAAGCACUACUUUCAAGCUCAUAGUGUUAAUCUCAUUUCCAGAGCAAAUCCCAUCAAGUUUGUGAUGUCAAAACCAAUCCUCAGUGAUCGACUAGCAAGGUGGUACCUCCAGUUUCAACAAUUUGAGAUUACAUACAUCCCUCAAAAGGCUGUAAAAGGAAAGGCAUUGGCAGACUUCCUAGCAGCUCACCCAAUACCUGAUGACUGGGAGCUAACUGAUGAACUUCCCGACGAAGAUGCAAUGAUCGUUGAAAUUCAAUCUCCGUGGAAAAUGUACUUUGAUGGUGCUGCACAACGUGAUGGAGCUGGUGCUGGUGUGGUGUUUGUUACUCCGCAGGGAGAAGUUCUACCAUACUCCUUUACUUUGACACAAUGUUGCUCCAACAAUGUCGCUGAAUAUCAAGCACUAAUACUUGGACUUGAAAUGGCAGUCGACAUGAAGCAGUUGCAGUUACAAGUGUUUGGUGACUCUCAGUUGGUGAUCAAUCAACUCCUGGGAAGUUAUGAAGUCAGGAAGCCCGAAUUACUCCCCUAUCAUGGUUAUGCUCAGAAGUUGAUAGGAUGGCUUGGUGAUGUGACUCUUCAGCACGUUCCAAGGAAGGAAAAUAAGAAAGCCGAUGCUUUAGCUGCUCUAGCUUCAACACUAACUCUGCCAGAUCAAACUCAAGUGACUAUCUGCCGAAAAUGGGUAGUACCUCCACCAAAUGAGGAUGAAGGCGCGGAAAGUGAGCUUGAGCAUCUCGUAGCUGUUUCUGAAGCUGCAAAGGAAGACUGGCGACAACCCAUCAUUGACUACUUAAGUUAUGGGAUACUGCCAGAAGACUCAAAAAGAAGAACUGAGAUUCAUCGUCGCGCACCUCGAUUCCUUUACUACAAGGAUACCUUAUAUAGAAGAUCUUUUGAGGGGAUACUCUUACGAUGUUUGGGGGAGGAUGAAGCAGUCCAAGCUUUGCAAGAAGCACAUUCAGGAGUAUGUGGAUCACAUCAAUUUGGACCAAAGCUCCAUUUCCACAUAAAAAGGAUGGGAUAUUAUGUGCCAACGAUGGUGAAAGAUUGCUUGGACUAUGCUCGAAGAUGCAAGAUUUGUGAUCUCUUCGGCUUCAAGCAGCGUAAAUCUUCUAUGUAUCAUGCUGCCGCCAACGGUCUAGCCGAAGCGUUCAAUAAGACUUUGUGUAACUUGUUGAAGAAGGUUGUCUCCAAGUCCAAAAGGGAUUGGCAUGAACGAAUGGUAGAAGCUUUGUGGGCAUAUAGGACAACUUACAACACACCAACGCAAGCAACCCCGUACUCGCUUGCUUAUGGAGUUGAAGCAGUCCUACCACUUGAGCGCCAAAUACCUUCUUUACGACUUGCUAUUCAAGAAGGGCUCACCGAAGAGGAAAAUACUCAAUUGCGUCUUGCAGAGUUAGAAGCACUUGAUGAGAAAAGGAUGGAGGCUCAACAAAAUCUUGAAUGUUAUUAA